AUGUGGAGCUCGGACGAGGACAGCGUGCUGCGGGAGCAGGUGCGCCUGCAUGGCGCUCACAACUGGGACACCAUCUGCGUGGCGCUGCCCGGGCGGAACGCCAAGUCGUGCCGCCUCCGCUGGUGCCAGCACCUCGACCCCCGGGUGGACGUCGUCAAGCCCUUCACCAUCAAGAACCGCUGGAACUCCGUCCUCCGCAAGCACCACGGCCACGCCUCCGCCUCCGCGGCCGACCAGGGGCCUCCGCGCCAGUACUGGGCUCCUUCCGCCUCCCGCCACGCUGCAGGCCCCGAGUUGACGCCGGGCUGCCUCCCGCUGUUUCCUCUGGAGAAGGGCGAUGUCAUGAGGGACAGGAGAAGCCCUCCGCUGCCUCAUCACGCGCCCGAGGACGAGGACAUGUCUGAUGCCGAGACAUCUUCGGCCGCGUCUGUGGAGUGCCUGCAGCUGUUCCCUCUGGCGCCCGGGGAUGUCAGUGCCAAGGCGGGCGCGGCGGCGUCGAGUGGCAUGUCCUGCGGAGCAGACGACCCGCUCACCCAGCUCAGGCUCGCGCCGGCGGCGAGGUUGGUGUUCGACGUUAUGCCGCUGCGGUCGUACCAGAUGUAG